GUUAGGUGGGAGCAGCGUGCUGUCCUGCUGUCCUGGCGACUCCUCCCUGCUUGCUUUCAUUUUCCAGUUGGGGGUGUUGACCUCCCCGGGUCGAGCCGGAGCUCUGCACUAGCAGCAGUGACUCGAAGUUUUGGAUUUACGAUUCUAUUUUGUCGUUCUAUUGGUGGAAGAUGUUGGUAUUUCUCCGUACCUCUAAAGGAGUAUUGUUGCAAGAAACUUAAAUGACUUAGUUCAUCUGAAAUGCUAUCUAUUCCCUCCCCUCAGGUGCUCCUAGCUCUGUUUUCCAUGACAGAUCUUGACGACAGUACGUGCAAAAAGUAUAUAAAGAUGAUUACCAAUAUAGUAAUAUUGAGCCUGAUCAUUUGCAUUUCCCUAGCGUUCUGGAUUAUGUCAAUGACUGCUAGCACCUAUUAUGGUAGCUUGCGGCCUGUUUCUCCGUGGCGUUGGCUCUUCUCCGUUGUUGUCUCUGUUGUGAUCUCCUGUAAUGGCUUUAAAAAGAAAAGUCUAGAUCACAGCGGGGCUUUAGGAGGGCUGGUGGUCGGAUUCAUCUUAACCAUUGCCAAUUUCAGCUUUUUUACCUCUUUGCUGAUGUUUUUCCUUACAUCUUCAAAACUCACGAAAUGGAGAGGAGAAAUGAAGAAGCGUCUAGAUUCAGAGUAUAAAGAAGGAGGUCAAAGGAAUUGGGUCCAGGUAUUCUGUAAUGGAGGCGUUCCCACAGAGCUGGCCCUGCUCUACAUGAUAGAAAAUGGCCCUGGGGAAAUGCCCAUAGAUUUUGCCAAGCAACACACUGCUUCCUGGAUGUGUUUGUCUCUCCUGGCUGCACUGGCCUCCUCUGCGGGAGACACCUGGGCUUCCGAAGUUGCCCCAGUUCUGAGCAAAAGCUCACCUCGACUCAUAACAACCUGGGAGAAAGUUCCAGUUGGAACCAAUGGAGGAGUCACAGCAGUGGGACUUGUCUCCAGCCUACUCGGUGGUACCUUCGUGGGCCUGGCGUACUUCCUUACACAGCUGGUGUUUGUGAAUGAUUUAGACAUUUCUGCUCCACAGUGGCCCCUCAUUGCAUUUGGAGGCCUGGCCGGGUUAUUAGGAUCAAUUGUGGACUCAUUCUUAGGGGCAACAAUGCAGUUCUCUGGGCUGGAUGAAAGCACUGGCCUGGUGGUCAGUAGCCCAACACAGGAGACCAAGCACAUAUCAGGGAAGCCCAUUCUGGAUAACAAUGCUGUGAAUCUGUUUUCCUCAGUUUUGGUGGCCCUCUUGCUCCCAACAGCUGCUUCGGGAUUUUGGCCCACAGUGUGAACUUUUUUUUCCUUCCCAACCAGUUGAUACUGGUGAGUCCAGCCAGACUUGCAAUGGGAAAGGUUUUUUUUCAGUGAAUAAUAAAUUCGGGGAACUUGGGAAUGCUGGCUUCUCCCAUGUUCUGCUGUGGCCGCAUACCACGGGCUCCCUUCAGCUCCCUUAGCAGCUGAUGUCUUUCUGGUGGAAGGGGAAAGUGCAUACAAGUUGUCCACAUUCAUCCUCUGUGGGUAAAGAUUCACGAACAAUGGAGCUGCUCUUGGCCUCAGUGGCUGAACUGAAACAUCAAAUGUUCUCUGUAAAAUGUUAUUUUGUUCAGUUUCUAAAAGUAGUCUGUUGGGCUGGAGAGAUGGCUCAGCGGUUAAAAGCACCGACUGCUCUCCCAGAGGUCCUGAGUUCAAAUCCCAGCAACCACAUGGUGGCUCACAACCAUCUGUAAUGGGAUCUGGUGCCCUCUUCUGGCCUGCGGUCACAUAUGCAGGCAGAAUGCUGUACAUAAAAUAAAUAAAUAAAUCUUUAAAAGCAGUC